UUGCUUUGCGGUUAGAUCGAUACGAAGAAAACCAUAUUACGGAAUUUUUCACUUUCGGAUAACUGAGCAGCUAAAUUUAUUGUGAAAAUUACUAAAAAUGGCUACUCCAAAGCCACUUCUGAGCGCCGAAAACCUAGCUCUGACCAAUAAGAAAAUCGCAGAGUUGAAGAAGAAGGUGCAAUUGGCUGAGGGUCAAAAGAAGGCCUACACCGAGGAGUGGGCCGAAGCUAGGAAGUCCCAAAACGAUAAGAUCGCCGAGCUGAAGAAGGAAGUACGAGACUUGACCAACAAGUUGUCCUACCUGCACAAUCCGAACAGCGCCAAGGCGCAGAAAAACGUCCAGGAGAUCAAGCGAAGAGUUCAACUUCCUCCGGGGGCCAAAACCGUUAGGGACGCGCUCCACAUAGUAGACUUGAAGAUAAUCGACGUGAACAAGCAGGCGGAUGCCAUUGAGGCGAAGCACAAGAAGCGCGAGUUGUACUACAAGAAGCUUCUGGAUCAGUAUCACAUGCUGAUGGGCUACAAGCACUCCAACGCGGACGGUUCGAAUCCACCGGAAACGGUGGAAGAGGAUGCUAAUAGGAAGCUCAUCACGCACUUGGAGAACGAGAUUCACCGUACUUCGGUCCAGUGGAUGGAGGCGGAGCACAUCAGGAAGAAGUACAGGGGGAUCAAGUUGGCGUUGAUGCGAGACGCGGAGAAGUUUGAGAGUUCUCUGUUGGACCUUGAGCAAGCCAUCACGGAGCAGCAGGCUGAGAUAACGAAGCUGGAGGCUGUACACAAGGAGGCCAUGCAAAUGCGCGAUAAUACCAAAUCGAUCCUGCAGCGGCAGGAACAGACAACGCAUUUUGCCAACAAAGCGAGGGAGAAGCAGGCUUUGGAUUUCCGCCGGCAAGUGGAAGAGCGCAAGCAGGAACUGGAACGCUUAGAGCGGAAGAUAUUCUCCACCGGGAAGACGAUGGUGCACCAGGAAAGUGUGCUGUCCGCUUCCGGGGAUCACUCGGCUGGAAAGGGCGAAGGGGAUGACUCGAGCGGUCACGAUAAGGAAACGGCAUCGGAGAUGGAGCAGAAGUUCAAAAAACUGAUGCAAGCGACAGGGGUAAGCGCCGCGAGCGAAGUCGUUGAUCGCUUCCUGGCCCAACGGGAAGCCUCGGCUCGGUUGACGUACCUGCGAACCGUCACCGAGAACGAGAAGAAACAAUUGGAAUCGCAACGGGAGCUGAUGACGGCCCAAUUGGAUGCGUUCAAGUUUGCCGAUGUCAAGGACAGCGAUGUCAAUCAAGAGGAGCUGGAAAAGAUCCGGAACUCAAUCGAGGAACAGAAAGCCCGCCGAGAGGAGUGUGAAAAGGCAAUCGAUUACACCCGGAAUGUGUUUAAUACGAUUAAAGACUCGUUGGUGGAACUGUUGCUGGCGCUGCGGGAAAUCGAUGACAAUUUGGAGGUGCAAUUUUUGACCCGGACGCCAGCCGUUCCCAGCGAGAAGCCACUGGAUCUUGACGAUAUUUCCUCGGAGAACAUUUCCACUGAUGACCUGGGAAACAUGCUAGAGGAAAAGAUUAAGCUGGGCAUGAUUGCCAGCGGUCAACUGGCUACCGAAACCGACAGUGGCCUCUCGGAAGAGGAAACGGAGCAACAGCCGUCACUUCCGCCGCGACCGGCCAGUUCGGCAUUGCAAAUCCCGACCGCGAGUCCAUCGGUGGGAACAUCUUCCAUACAGGAAGACCGAGAGAAACCUCCGGCAUAUCCACCGGUUUAUGUGAAUUUGAUUGCUGGACGAACUACCGCCCAAAUAUCUUCGGCUUCACCUGGACCAGGCGCAACGGUGGUCCUGUCGGACGAUGAGGCCGAAGUUCCGUCGCGAAGCUACUUGAAACGGCAGGCCAAUAUGAUCAUUGAAGCCAAGUCCAGACGGAAGGGCUUCCGGAUGCCGCCACCGAAAAGGCGUUGAAGGUCUUAAAUACCUUGUUAACAUUCAUUUACAUAAGUUCUAACAGUAAUCCUUCGAUAUCGUAUCAUAUCGCAAAUUCUAUGAUUUCAAUAAAGUUUUAGGAUGAGUAUGCUUUCCA